CAAUACCAUAUAUUCUUAAGAUUCACUGUCAGGAUGCCCUCUAUUGUAACCGCAGACAAAAUAAAGAGUUUACAAGUCUCCAUAUUCCGGCUGAUAUCGACAUUUCCAGUUGACUUGACUACCCACAGCUGGUACAUGAGAUUAUUCCACCCACUGUAAACAUAAAAUGUACCUCUCCACCCUCCAGGCUUACACAGCUUGUCUCAGUGACUGUGCGUUGGACGUGCAGACGAGUGGAGGCGCCCUCCUGCACUAUGACUUCUCCCCUCUGGUCAACGUCACCGGCUUCCACAGCAGCCCCCGCUUCACCAACAAAGGCCUGAGAUAUUUCCAUCGCUUUAAUUUGGGUCUGUGUGGGAAAGAGGGCCGAGUACAGGCAAAGUGUGUGGACAAUGUUACAGAGAGCGGGAAAGCAGUCAAAGGAUACGUCUGUCAGUCCACUGUGGUUCCCUCUGAGAUCAGGAGUCAGAGCGUGGUGUCCGCCCAGCCUUUCAUCAUUGGUGACUCACUCAUUGGUGUGACCACUGACACAAAGCUGAGCAGCAUCUCCUCUCCAGAUUGGUUGUUCCCUGCUUCGUCUGGCCUGCCAGAUGUCAUCUUCUAUUACAAGUCCAGUGAGACGACUCAGGCUUGUAAACAAGGCAGGUCGGCCACCGUCCGACUGCGAUGUAACCCCACAGUGACUGCUAAAGACCACAUCACACUGCCAAGUAACUGUUCAGAGGGGACUUGUGAUGGUUGUACUUUCCACUUUCUGUGGCAGAGCCAGCAUGCAUGUCCACUCUGCACCAAAGACCACUACAGAGAGAUCGUCAGCGCUUGUGUCCAGGGAAUACAGGUAGUGUUUUUUAAUCUCCACCCCACAAUCCAUCACAG